AUGCAGCAACAUUUGCACGCGCGACGAAAGGAAAAUAUAGCGAAUACAUCUUUUGCUGCAUCUACCAAUGCGUUGUAUGGGUCUGGCACGGAGCUACGUGCGUGGGAUGGUGCAUUCGAUGGGAGCGGCAGCGAUGGCGAGGCAAGUACUGUGCCUUCGCCGGACGCUCAUGCCUCGCGCGUGCGCCGAACAAAGCGGCGCGCCUCUGUAGUCCAGAAUACACGCCCCAUGGAGCCGCGGAGGCCAUUUCCCAAACGGCAGCCGAACCCACUGGCCAAGACGACGAUGUCUGUCGAUGGCGUUGCGUCCGAAGACAUGAAUAUGCAUACACCAAAGAGCGUCUCGCGGCUCGGCGGGAUAUUAGAAGCGGUAUUUUUUUUUGCACUGGUUGCAGCAGUUGUGUACAAAAUGUACCGAAGCGGGAACACGCUCAUCCACGCCAAAAUACCCGAGCUGCUCCUUCUCGCCAUGUUUUGCGCGGUUUGCUUUGCGACGCAUUGGGGCGCUCCCUAUAUACUGUGGGCUACACGCGUGCAGUACCUUCGAAAGUCAGUCAUGUCCGACGGGCUGUAUGCCUUGCUGCUUGCGCCGAUCCUCGUGAGUCUGAUGAUGCUCGACGCAAUGGCCGCACAACCAGGUCCUUUGGCGCCCGCAUUGAUGGGCUUGGAUACGCCGGGUGCCUGGCGCGUCAAGUAUUUGCCUCUUGGCGAUCCUUAUCAGUGGCGCGAUCCUGUGUGGAUCGCUUGGACGCGCCGUGUGUUGAUGGACAAAGUCGUUUUGUAUGGCACAGUCAUUGGAAUUCAUGUGUGUGCCUCGGCAUGGCACCCCCGCAGAAACAAGACACACGGGCGGCAUUUUACUGUAGAGAGCUUGUCCAAAGCCAAGCAGUUUGCCUUCUUUCUUACCUUCGCACUUUGCGUUUCUAUCGGGAUCGGCGUUGCAAAAUGGAGCUUGGGCGCACUGGGCUACCCCACGAUUCUCUACGGCGACUUGAGCGUAUGGAAGACGAGUGCCGAUACGUUUCUCUUCCAAUGUGUCGUGUACGUUUUCACGCGCGUCGCGCGCCAAAACUUUACCAUAGGUGAGCUGGGAAUUGCCAGCUCGCUUUUGACACCGCUGCUUUCUGAAGCAUUCAGCGUCACGGCCUACAAACUCGCACAGCGACCAAGUAUGUACGAUUUGAGUGUCGCGCGUGCGCCCACGGCGCUGAUGGCCUUCCAGCACGCGCUGAUUAUUGGAAUUGCCCUUAUUGGCCUCCUGCUCAGCCCUGUCCUCGCACUCUCCCGCGUGCUGGCUCAGCGGCCUACACAUCGCCUGCGCUGGCCAGACAAGCGCAACAUGCACCGCCGUCUGCUCGCGCUUGGCUUUUUCGUUAUCGCGGCUGUACUUGUUUUUGGCACGAUCAGUCCUUGGGUAUCGUGGGUGCUAGGGAGAAAGAAUCCGUGGAUUUACUUGGCGCGGUUCAUGCUGGAAGGGCCCUACCUGUGGUCUCGCCCUGCGCUACUGCUUUACUGGGGUACACUGUGUAAUAUUGCGCUGCUUUCUUUGCAGCUGAUGGUCAACCGCGUCUGGCAGUUUGCCACGGUGGGCGACCAGAUUCCUGCACUCGUCAAGCGGCGUGCGCAAAACAAGAAAGCGAAAGCUAAAAGCCGCAGCACGUUGACGGCCUCGGAGCUUGCAAGCACACUCGCAGCGUCUCAAUUUGCAGACCCACACACGGACCCAGAAGAAGAGACGGCGCUCGGUCCAACGUUGACAGUGAGCGUCAACGGGCGGCGCAAGUUCUUCCACAUGCUUGCCACAUUCUUGUUUGUGCCUGCAACUGCAUGGGAUCCAGCGUUCAUGGCGCUUGGCUACAACUCUGCAUUUUCUCUUUUUUUAUUCCUCGAGUACCUUCGUUACUGUGCAGUGUAUCCUGUUGGGGCCAGCCUACACUUUUUGCUGAGCCAGUUUCUGGACUCGAAGGAUACUGGGCUGGUCAUUGUCAGCCAUCUCUACCUGCUUGCCGGGUGCGCCGCAGGAAUCUGGACCGAGGCGCGCUCACCACUCUUGCUGCAGCUCGGCACGAUUAUCCUGGGAGUGGGCGACGCUUGUGCUUCCAUCGUCGGGCGGCAGUACGGCCGCUAUCACUGGCCGAUGUCUGCCAAGACGAUCGAAGGCACUGCUGCGUUUUUCAUCAGUGUCUUGAGCUCCAUGUUUCUCUUACGCAUUCUGCGCAUGGUCGAGCCGUUUAACGUGGCGAACAUGACCAUUAUAUCCUUGCUGCUCGCGUUUGUCGAAGGUGUGUCGGAGCAAAACGACAACCUCAUCCUCCCGGUUGUGGGCCUUGUGCUAGGCUCCCUAUUCCCUGUGUCGUAG